GAAGAUACGUCAUCUUUUCGGAAAUCAGGGUAAAAGUCCUCCCACUUUACUGGAGACACUUACCUCUGAUACACAGCUGAUUUUGAAAACACACGAAGAAGAGAGCGGCAAAGAAGGAAAGUAAAGGGAGAGUUGACGCAGAGCUUCAAGAGAGAAGUGCCUUAUUCCCCUGCAUUGGGAACCCAUUUAUUCUGAAACCAAGAGUAUGGACUAUGAAGUGGCUGACCUUUCCAGCAACCUGCUGGAUGUCUACAGGAAGAAAGCAUCUUUUAACUCGAAGGACAUGCUUAACUUCAUAGAUGGAGAGGAAAUAAUACUGUUUAAGCAACAUGUGUUUACAACUUUGGAAAAUGAUCCUCUGUUCGCCCGUCAGCCUGGUGAGGACAUCCCUAUUGAGAAAAAGAGAGAGCUGACCUUCCUCAGGGUGAAACAGCUCUUUCGCUACAACUUCCUGACAGAAGAAGAGGCAAUGGCCAACCCCUGGAAGAGUAUAAUCCUCACUGACUGUUUGGGGAUGUAUGACUUGGGUAUGAGUGCCAAGUACUUCCUCUCCAUAGGGAUGUUUGGAAGAACUGUUGCCAGCUCAGGAUCUAGUCAACACAACAAAUAUGUUGAAAAUACUAACGACAUGACGUUCUUUGGAUGCUUUGCGCUAACGGAGCUAAGUCAUGGCAGCAACUCUAGAGCCAUGAGGACCACAGCCACAUAUGAUCCUUCCACCCAGGAGUUUGUGAUUCACUCUCCCGACUUUGAAGCGGCCAAGUUCUGGGUGGGGAACCUGGGCAAGACUGCCACCCAUGCUAUAGUGUACGCUCAGCUCUACACACCUGACAAGGUCUGCCAUGGCCUGCACUCCUUUGUUGUCCCGGUGAGAGAUCCCAAAACCCUGUUAUCUCUGCCUGGUGUGCUGGUUGGAGACAUGGGAAAGAAGCUGGGCCAGAAUGGACUGGAAAAUGGAUUUGCAUUAUUCCACAAUGUGAGAAUCCCACGGGAGAACCUAUUGAAUAGGACGGGAGAUGUUACUCCUGAGGGACGCUACAUAACACCGUUCAAGGACUCCAACAAGCGCUUCGGGGCAUCUCUAGGUGCCCUGUCAGGUGGCAGGGUGUCCAUCACCAGGAUUGCUGUGGUCAACCUGAAGCUAGCUAUGACUGUAGCCAUCCGCUUCUCAGCCACCAGGAGACAGUUUGGACCCACAGGCAAAGGGGAGAUUCCUGUUUUGGAGUAUCAGCUGCAGCAAUGGCGUCUGAUUCCGUACCUGGCAGCAAUAUAUGCUCUUGACCACUUUGCCAAAUCCAUCUUCAUGAACUUUGUUGAGUUCCAGAUUGGACAGAUGAUGGGAGACAAGAGUGACAGACAAGCAGAGAUGGGCAGGGAGAUACAUGCCAUAGGUUGCGCCAGUAAACCACUGGGCUCAUGGACUGCUCAAAGGGGGAUCCAGGAGUGCAGGGAGGCCUGUGGUGGACAUGGAUACCUGGCUAUGAACCGGCUGGGUGAUCUGCGUGAUGACAAUGACCCAAACUGCACAUAUGAGGGAGACAACAAUGUGCUGCUGCAACAGACCAGCAAUUACCUGCUCAGCUGGUUCCACGCCAAACACAUCAAGGGUUCACGGAUUGAGUCUCCUCUUCACACUGUGGAUUUUCUGGAUGAUUACCAGAAGAUCCUGGAGAGCAGGUUUACACCGACAACAAUGGAGCAGUGUAUGGACUCUGCAGUGCCUGUGGCAGCCUACAAGUGGCUGGUGUGUUUCUUGCUUGGGGAGAGUCAGAAGAGGCUGGAACAGCAGAGAGCCUUGGGCAAGGGUGACUUUGAGGCCCACAACAACAGCCAAGUUUACUACUGUAGGUCCCUGGCCAUUGCCUACAUUGAACACGACUGCCUCCAGAAAUUCCAUGAUCUGACUACUGAUCAGGACACGCCAGCUGGUCUCAGACCAGUGCUAAGCAAGCUGUGUGCCCUGUAUGGGCUGUGGAGCCUCAGCAACCACAUGGUGACACUCUACCAGGGUAAUUACUUGAGUGGAAGGAAGCCUGCAGAGCUGGUCCAGAUGGCAAUUCUCACCCUCUGCUCCCAGCUGAAAGAUGAUGCAGUAGCACUGGUGGAUGUCAUUGCACCUCCUGAUUUCAUCCUUAACUCUCCUAUUGGCAAUACCGACGGACAGCUAUACAAGAACAUGUGGUCGACAAUGAUGCAGGGCAACAAGGUGCUGGAACGUCCGUCCUGGUGGAAAGAGUUCUGUUCAGACAAACCUGUGGUCGGAUCCCUGCGUCCAAAACUGUAGAACUUCGACAGUGCUGGGGAUCCCAACAAUGCAAAAGGAAGAACAGUUUGUGCCAGCCCCCACCCAAUGCAGUAGGUGACAAUCCCCUAAGUUUGGGGCUGUCAGAUGAAUAAAUGAAAAUUUGAUGAUGUCAACAAGAACUAAAGUUUCACUUGAUUUCAUACUGUAAACAGUUAUUUUACUUGUUUGAUCAACUGAACUGCAGAUCAUCGUCAGAUCUUCUCGUUCAUUUGUUUGACUUGCUCUGGCUUCUGGAAAGCUGAAGGUCCUGACACAUUUCUUGUCUUGCACAUCUUUGACAUUUAAGAUCAUACUACCCCAUGUUGGAGCUAAUAUACAUUUCUCAAAAAAUAUAACGCUUCAGAUCUGAAUAAAUGCCUAAGGUUGAUUUUAAAUAUAUUUUAUAUGCCAAGGAAAUGAUGUAAUGUUUGUAAUACUUUAAUAAACACGAAAAAUGUCAUACUGUAGAUGAUGUACAGCAUCAUGUAACCGUAUAAAGAAUGAUCACAAUUUUGGUCAAUGAUAUUAUUAUAACAUAUAACCUAAAUAAAUUUACUAAAACUGCU